CGUUACACCUCUCUCUCUCUUCCUUUCUCUUUCUCUCUCUCUUUCUCGUUUCUUAUUAUUUGUAUUUGUUUUUUCCAUGACCAGAAAGGCUAAACUGUAGAAGCCUAAAGAACAGUGAAUAGUUGUGAUGGUAAAAGGAUAAAAAAAGUGAAAGAAUGAAUGGGUAUAUAUAUGUGUGGGAGUAUACAGAUAUAGAUAUAGAUAUGGUGGUGCAGCUGUGGUGAUUUGGCAUUUUCUGGUUUUUGUUCGGUGCUUGUUGGUUGGUUGGUUUGUUGGUUCCACUUGAUGUUUACAUAGAGGAGCUAGCUUAGCUACUUUGGGCAAAAGAAACCCAGAGAAACGCAGACCCAACUGCACCUGCUGCUCAUACACUGGGAAAGAAGGAGCCCCUUUACGCUUUAGCCAAAAAACCCAUACUUUUUGUACCACAGAAUCAUUACUCUCACUCGGAGUUUCAGUUUCAGUUUCUCACUGAUAGCGAGUGUUGCAGUUUUUAGUGCUCAGACAAAUAAUAUAAUUUGCGUUUGGGGCGAUUGGAGAAGGAACACCAGCAGAGCGAUUGUGAAAUCAAAAAUGUUGUUUUCGAAUUGUCAUCUUGGUUGGUUCAGCAUUCUUGUCAAAUGAGGUUUCGCAGGUGAAUUUUUUUCGACGCGCAGGUUUAAUUGCAUGCAAUAGACACGAAAUAUGUUUUAAACACCAUGCUGGCGAAUCUCCUUGUUCUGUUUUGAGACGGAAAACAAAAUAAAAAGUGUUUCUUUUGUUUCGUAAAAGAUUUCGAAAAAAAAAACAUUCCUGUAAAAAUUUGAAGGAAGACAAAGAGAAAAAUGGAUUGUGCGAAUGAGUUAGAAAUGCAAGAACCGAGCAUUGAGACGGAUAAGCUUAGCUACGAAAUCUUCUCCAUUCUCGAAAGCAAGUUCCUCUUCGGCUACGACGAUCCGAAGCUCUGGUUUCCCAAACAAAUACCUCCCAAGCCGGAAUCUGAGGCCCCCCCGAACGUCACCGCUGUGGACGGCGUCUCUUCCGUCAAGAACCAGCGUGGAAAGAUAUGCAUUCUCGCCAUCGACGGAGGCGGCAUGCGCGGGAUUCUCGCCGGAAAAGCCCUGGCCUACCUGGAAUCAGCGCUGAAGAAAAAAUCAGGCGACCAGAACGCCACCAUCGCGGACUACUUCGACGUUGCAGCUGGCGCCGGAGUAGGUGGCAUCUUCACGGCGAUGCUCUUCGCAACGAAGGACCACCGGCGGCCGAUUUUCGCCGCCGAGGACACAUGGCGGUUUCUCGCGGAGAAAGGAAGCAAGUUCUACCGCGCGGGUAGCGGGGGUGGGUUCUUGAAGAGGUUGCUUUCCGGCGGGUCAAGUUCAGUGUCGACGGCGACGGCCGGUUUGGAGAAGGCUGUGAAAGAAGCGUUCACGGCAGAGAAGGGUGGGAGUUUGACGCUGAAGGACACGAUAAAACCGGUAUUGAUUCCGUGCUACGACUUAUCGAGUACGGCGCCGUUUUUGUUCUCACGUGCGGACGCGUUGGAAACGGAUAGCUUCGAUUUUCGGUUGUGGGAGGUGUGUCGAGCGACCUCGGCCGAACCCGGUUUGUUUGAACCGGUUCAGAUGCGUUCCGUGGACGGUCAGACAAAGUGCGUGGCGGUGGACGGAGGGUUGGCGAUGAGUAACCCAACGGGCGCGGCAAUCACGCACGUGCUGCACAACAAACAAGAGUUUCCUUUCGUGCGCGGCGUGGAGGACCUUCUGGUUCUGUCCCUCGGAACGGGUCAACUCUUGGAGGUGAGUUACGACUUUGACCGCGUCAAACGCUGGAAGGCCAAGGAUUGGGCCCGGCCCAUGGCCCGCAUUUCUGGCGACGGGUCAUCGGACCUGGUCGACCAGGCCGUCGCCAUGGCCUUUGGUCAUAGCCGCAGCACCAAUUAUGUCCGCAUUCAGGCAAAUGGGUCGAGCAUGGGGCGUUGUGGACCCAAUGUGGAUACAGAUUCAAGUCCCGGCAACGUAAAGAUGAUGGUUGGAAUAGCAGAGGAAAUGUUGAAGCAGGAGAAUGUAGAGUCGGUGCUGUUUGGAGGAAAGAGAAUUGGGGAACAGAGUAACUUCGAGAAACUUGACUGGUUUGCCGGAGAACUUGUUCAGGAGCAUCAGAGGAGGAGCUGCAGAAUAGCUCCCACUGUUGCUUUCAAGCAAGCUACCCCAAAAGCGACUUAGGCCAUGCCCAACACUACAAAAGAAUCUACCUAAAGAAAAAGGGAAAAACCGAUACAGGAGGAAGCAGGAGGAAGGGAAAAAAAUUAAAAAAGAAAAAAAAGAAGAAAAGAAAAGAGCAGAUAGUAGUAGUAGUAUAGCAGCUUUACUUUUUGAGGAUUAGACAAAGAAGGUUAGGGAGUCGAGUGAAAAGGACAAGUGGUGUAAAAAGGGUGGAAAAUCUUUGUGGGAUACUUUGCUCUCUGGAAGGCAGACAUUGUGGUGUCCACUCUACCUUUCUAUUAGGGUAAGAAACCAAGAAAGAAAAAGCCAAGUGUCUGAGUUUAAGCUUUUUAGGGUCAAACAUGAAUCGAGUGUGAAUUUUUUAUUUUUAAAAUCAAAAUUCCGGGUGGUAAAUUCCCUCACAUUCUUCCAUUCUAGUUUCCUUUUUUGUUCAAUUAUGUUUUGUAAAUCUCUUAUAUUUAAAAAAGUUUCAUCACUGCUUCAAAGAAACUAUGAAGGUGGUGGGCUACAUUCUUAUUUUAAAUUUCAAAUAUGUGGCCAUUCUUGUCU